AUGUUUGCCAGAGAUGUAGAGAAGACUCCGGCCUACGGGCAGUCAUCCGUCGAUGCUUCCGAAGAGCCUCAGGUCCUCAAUCCCACAAUCUCAAAUACCAACGCUCCCCCGCCUCCAGUCUUUGACCCGGACAACUUCAACCCUCCCGAUGGGGGUUUCCGAGCCUGGUCCCAGGUGUUUGCCGGAUUGCUCAUCAACUGCCUCGCCUGGGGCUAUCCAGCCACCUUUGGAGUCUACCAGUUGCAUUACGAGGAGACAUUGGGUCUUCCAUCAUCCCAGAUCUCGUGGAUCGGUUCAUGCCAGACCUUUCUGACCUUUGCCUUUUGCGGUCCGGCUGGCCGUCUCGCUGACGCGGGGUAUACUCGAGAGACAGUUGCCGUGGGGAGUAUCUUGGCUGUGCUCGGAUCAUUCAUGACAAGUCUCUGUACUGAGUACUGGCAAAUCUUCCUCGCCCAGGGUGUCUGUACCGGCAUUGGCCUCGCCCUCAUCUUCAUGCCUGCUGUCUCUGUCGUCAGCUCCUACUUCAAAACCAAGAAAGCAUUUGCCCUAGCCGUGGCUGCCAUGGGCACCGGUGUGGGAGCCAUCGUCUUCCCAGCUACUCUGCAGUACCUCAUCCCUCAGAUUGGUUUCCCUUGGGCCGUCCGGUGUGCUGCUUUCGUCGCUCUUGUCAUGGCCACCCUUGCAAACAUUAUUCUGAAGCCCUACUUGCCCCCAAGGAGAUCCGGACCCCUGGUAGAGUGGGAGGCAUUCAGAGAACUUCCAUAUCUGUUCUUCUCCCUUGGUGCCUUUCUCAACUUCUAUGCCCUGUACUUUGGCUUCUUCUAUAUAAAUGUCUAUGCCCGUAAUGUUAUCGGCUUCACAUCUGUCGAAGCAGUCAGUCUUCUGCUCAUCAUCAAUGCCCUGAGCAUCCCUGCACGACCCAUAGUUGGCUAUCUCGCAGACAACGUCCUGGGGCCCAUUAAUACCUUUCUCAUCGGUAUCGUCGUACUCGGAGGAAUGGUCUAUGCCUGGAUAGGCGUAAAAACCGUUACGGGAAUGUACGUCUUUUGCGUCUUCUUCGGAUUCGCGAACGGCGCAUGUCAGGGCACCUUUGUGGGAGCCAACGCCAGCCUGACUAAGGAUCCUCGAAAGAUGGGUACUAGGUUUGGUAUGGUUCAAACAAUCUGCGCCUUUGCUAGUUUGGCUGGUGCACCGACUGCUGGUGCCAUCAUCGACAAAUCUGGCGGCGACUUUGUCUGGGCCCAGGUUUGGGGCGGAACUGUGCUCUUGAUGGGAGCCUCCAUGGUCAUGGCUUCUCGGAUUGCCUCGAGCGGCUGGGUUCUCUUCGCCAAGAUAUGA